AUGGAUCGCGUUAGGCCCAUUGUAUGGGGACUUCCGGAUCAUUAUAUUCAAUGGUUAGAGAUAUUGAGUGAUAUGGCUGAGUUUUCUAGACAGUGGCGCGUUCGCAACCUACGGAAAUUCUCAGUUUUUUCUUCGACUCAACUUAUAACUUUCCUGCCUUUCUCCCAUUGCUUCUUCCAAACGGGCAGCCGAAACCGGCUCACGAAAGUCUGGUCUUUUACGAAGAACAACGGAUGCAACCUAGGACUGCCACUUCAAAUGGAACUUCUAUUUCAUGAGGACAUCCCCAUGUCUACCAUUGUUGAGCAAAUUGAGGGAUGUGCUUGCAAAUCGCAGUGUUGUCUCACGUCCACAAACCAAUGCCGGUGUCGACUGAGAUCGACCAAUCCAUAUAAUGCCGUCGGUCUGUUGACCAACUUUUCUGCUUCAUUGUUCGAGUGCAAUUCGAACUGCGUGUGCGAAAUGACUUGUCCGAAUCGUUUAGUGCAAGUUAAACACCCGAUUUAUCGAAUCACUGAAAAAUCGGAUGUUGGAAAGGGUCUCGUAGCCAAUCGAGAUAUUGCCUGUGGUGAAAUGAUUUGUGCAUAUUUGGGCGAAGUAGUUCCUCCUGAAGUAGGUCGCUUGCGAGAACUAGCUCAGCGAAAACGUUACGGACGGACGUAUGUACUGACGAUGCGUGAGUACGCACAUGAGCGAUUGGUUGCGGAGACUUGCAUCGACGGGGACGUCAGUUUGCCGAAUUCCGGUCAACCAGAUGCGCGUCUGGUGAAUCACUCGUGUGAUGCCAAUGUGACCGUGAUCCCGGUCCGCGUGGACAGCAUCAUUCCAUAUGCUGUCUUGUUUGCCAAUCGAUUCAUUCCACGAGAUACCGAACUCACUUAUGAUUACGCGGACGGAGUCCCGACGGAGUAUCGAUUAACCUCUGGAACUCAGUGUCGGUGCAAUUCCGCUGACUGCAUGGGGUACCUACCUUGCGUUGAAUAA